AUGCAGUCAUCAAUUGCAAAAUUGUUAUUAGUGUUUGUCUUAUGUAUCGUUUCGUUAUCGCAUGUCAAGGUAAUUAUUAUUUUAGUAGAUUUUUUAUAUUAAUCUUUCAUAUUUAUUUAUUUUGUUUUUUAUUUUUUAGGCAGAUAACAAAGUUACAGUGCAAGAUGUGAAGGUGGACAUCCCGAGCAACAAUAUCGUCGGGUCAUGGGAGCCGCAAGUUUCAAAUAAUCUCAUUAGUUCAAAAAUUGCUAUCAAGGAGAAUUGUCCAGGUGAAAUAGAAGCCGAUAUAAAGGUUUACCAAGGUGAUCAAAUAGUUAGUCAAACGACCAAGAAAUUUGACAAACCGGUCAAGGAUUUCGAAAGUAUGAAUAUUUGCUCGUCGGUUGAAAGCCCAGAUCUCGAUGAUGAUUCAUGUUCUAUUGCAGAGGGUGAACAAUCAGCUACAGAUUGUGAUGUAAGUGAUUGGUUUAAACAGAUGAAACCCGGAGAUUACAAUGCUGUAUGCGAUUUCAAGCAAGGUGGCAAUACAGUUGCUAGUGUCACACUGAGCAUAAAAGUAGAAGUAGAUAUGUAAUAAUAUAAUUCCAGAUCACACUGUCAGAUAUCCUUCGACGUUUAUGUUUAUAUAAUUACUAAUUCUAUGCAUGAUUAUAAUUGUUGCUUGCUUAAUAUUGUAAAAGCAAUUUGUUGUAUCUUUAGAUAAUAAAGAUAGCAUACAAGAUAAAUAUAUUUGCUUUAUAUUUAUAUUAAUUUUAUUUUACAUAUACUUUUUUAUUUUUUAACAUAAAAAUCGUAAGAAAAAAUUCAUCGUCGCUGUUUAGAAUAUUUCCUUUAUUAUUAAUUGUAAAUAUUACAUAAACAUAUACAAUUAAUUUUCAGUGUCCUUCACUAA